CAUGUUUUUGAGCUGUGAAUGAACACGUCAAAAUUAAAAUUCCGAUGAGCAGUAGAGUUGAAUAAUAACAUCACAGCAAGUACCCCGCAGAGUGUUGACAAAAGAAGUCUUCAAGCUUUAUAUGCACCUUUAUCUCUGCUUUCAAACUGUGCUUUGAUUUUUUUUAAUCACCGUAUCACAAGCAAGACAUAAACAUUAGCUAUACUCUCUGUGUCUGUGGAGAGCACUGGCUGCAAGUUUUCUGAUAAAAAAGCACCGAAGAUGGGGGCUCUGAUGGGUACUUUGUCAUUCCAGACGAAAGAAAGGAGUCGACGUAAAGACAGUGUUGAGGAUGAGUUGGAAAUGGCUACCGUCUGCCAUCGUCCCGAGGGGCUGGAGCAGCUUGAGGCACAAACUAAAUUCACAAAAAAAGAACUUCAGAUCCUCUAUAGGGGUUUUAAAAAUGAAUGUCCCAGUGGGAUAGUCAAUGAAGAGACAUUCAAAGAGAUUUAUGCACAGUUCUUUCCCCAGGGUGAUGCAUCUACAUAUGCACACUUUCUGUUUAAUGCCUUUGACACAGACCACAAUGGUUCAGUAAGUUUUGAGGAUUUUGUCCUAGGCCUUUCCGUUUUACUUCGUGGAACAAUACAAGAUAAACUAAAAUGGGCUUUCAAUUUAUAUGACAUAAAUAAGGAUGGAUAUGUAACAAAGGAGGAAAUGUUGGAUAUUAUGAAAUCUAUCUAUGACAUGAUGGGAAAAUACACUUAUCCUGUUCUUAGAGAAGAAACGCCCAGACAACAUGUUGAAAUUUUUUUUCAGAAAAUGGAUAAAAAUAAAGAUGGAGUAGUGACCAUUGAUGAAUUCAUUGACACCUGCCAAAAAGAUGAGAAUAUCAUGAAAUCCAUGCAACUCUUUGAAAAUAUUAUUUAAUGACAGCAACAAUCAAGCACUUUAAAGGACAGCUUCAAAGAUUCUUAACAAAAGGAGUGACUGUGAUCAGUGGAGGAACUACUACCACUAUAAUAGAACUCAGCAACAUGCUGAGAAGAUGUAUUAUGCAAGUCAGCUUUGUUCAGAUGUAAAGCCUUCAACUAGUAUAUAUUUUUUAGAGUUAUGAACAUAGCCAAUGUCAUAACAUUAAGAAUGGAGUCUUUUAAUUUAAAAAAAUUGAAUUAGUUGCACAAGUAAAAUGCAUGCUUUCAUAAUCUGACAAAGGACCCUUCAUAAAAAUGAUAAUGACUAUGGUUAUGUUACUACUUUUGAUUGAGUGAAUGAGGUGGAGAGUGUGUGUGUGAGUGUGUGUGGGUGUGUGUGAGUGAGUGUGUGUGUGUGUGUGUGUGUGUGUGUGUGUGUGUGUGUGAGUGAGUGAGUGUGAGAGUGUGUGUAUAUACGCACAUGCACACAUGUGACUAGUGUGAAUGUGGGUGUAUAUGACUGAUGUGCACUUCUAAUUUGCUGCAGACUGUUUGGCAAAUUGAAAUAAGCAGCACCUGAACCAAACAUGAUUCAAGAGCCCAUUUAAGUGUAAUUUUAAUGAAACAUAGGGCAGUGUAGAGAAUAAAAGACAAAUGCAAUGUAACAUACUAUCCAUUUGUACAUCAGUUUCUUAACUAGAGUAAUCAGAGUACCUUUUAUUGGCAAGGUCACACAACUAUUUCAGAUAUACAGAUGGAAUGCUAAAGACAUGUUCAAGCUAAUCUGCUCUGAUUUAUUUACAACGUACUAUCUGAGGAGCAGCAUGGCCCCAUUACAUCUUCAAUUUAUGAUAAUGUCUUUGUGUAUUAAUGUGUACAUUUUGUAACGAAACAGCCCACAAAAAUAAAGAGAGG